UAAUUUUAUUUAUACGCUACGGAUAUACACAAAUGAGGGGUGCAGUCUGCCAUAGAAAAACCAAAUUCUUCCCCUGAAAAGAUGGGUUUCCUGCCGUCUCAGUCAUCCGGUCUUUGUGGGCGUACUCAUGACACGAGAUUGCUACCAAAUGCUGUAUAUACAAAUUGUGUAUACGCACCAUUGAAACCUGCUACAGUUCCCAAAUCUGUGAUGCUUAAGCAUUCAAGUAAUUGGAGGGCAUUGAAGAAAACUAAUGGCGCUUUGUCCGGGAGAAAAAUUUCACAGGGAGUUCGAGCCAUGGCCACGGGCUCUCCAGGGCGUUACAAAGCAAAUUCAAAGGAAGUGAUUAUGGUGGAUCCUGUGGAGGCAAAACGGCUAGCUGUAGUUCAGAUGCAGCAAUUGCAGGCUGAGGCAAAGUUGAAAAGGGAUUGUAAAAUUGAAGCAAUCAAUGGAGGAUGGGCCAUGCUGGGGCUAACAGCAGGCUUGGUGAUAGAAGGCUACAGUGGAAAUGGUAUCCUGUCACAGUUGGCUGGUUACUUUAACGCAUUGGCUGGUUUGUUGGACAAAUAUAUUCCGUCAUGAAGGCAGUGUCAUUUUGCUCUGUACUACCCAAAAAAACGAGUCGUCAGCUUGUUGAUGAUAAUUUUCUUGCUUAUGUUGCACAAGUGUAUUUCAAGAAAGAGGUUUGUAGCGUUUGCAUGCCAACUUCUUUAAACAAGAGAAACUACUUACCUAUUGAUGGACAAUAUUCAACAUAAGGUAUGUCUUAGGUUUCUGCAUUUCUGAUACAUAUUAUGUUUGGAGAAUUGCCUCUUUUAGGAUGGGCCGAUUGCAAAUCAGAUUCAUGUACAAUGUUGAGAUCCAAAGUUUGCUCGCUUAUUGGGUCUGAUGCAUAUUGCGUAGAAUUCUUUUGUUUUAUUGUGUAUGGAUGUGCCUAACAUAUGUACGGAACUCCAAUGAUAUAACAACUAGCAAGUAUUUGAUUCUAUAAAAUACAAGAAAGGUAUGCACUUCUUAAGUA